AUGGACGCCGUGGAACUUGCCAGGAAACUGAAGGAGGAAGCCACAUGCUCCAUCUGCCUGGACUACUUCACCGAUCCCGUGAUGACCUCUUGUGGACACAAUUUCUGCCGAGAGUGUAUCCAGUUGAGCUGGGAGAAGGCCAAGGGCAAGAAGGGGCGCAGGAGGAGGAAGGGCGCCUUCUCUUGCCCCGAGUGUAGGGAGACUUCCCCCCACAGGAACCUGCGGCCCAACCGGCUGCUGACUAAGGUGGCUGAGAUGGCACGGCAGCACCCUGGCCUGCAGAAACGGGACUUGUGUUCACUGCACCAGGAGCCCCUCAAGCUCUUCUGUGAGGAGGACCAGAGCCCCAUCUGUGUGGUCUGCAGGGAGGCCAAGGAGCACCGCCUACACAGGGCGUUGCCCUUGGAUGAGGCUGUGCAGGGGUACAAGUUGAAGUUGGAGAAGGACAUGGAAUACCUUCGGGAGGAGAUGUCCAAAACAGGGAAGGUGCAGGCCAAGGAGGAGCAGAUCUUAGCUGAGUGGCAGAACAAGGUGAGGAAGCGGAGAGAGCGCAUCGUGCUGGAGUUUGAGAAGGUGGGCCUCUUCCUGGUGGAAGAAGAGCGCAGGCUUCUUCGGGCCCUGAAGAAGGAGGAGGAGGAGACAGCCACUCUGCUUCAGGAGAACAAGGUGUUGCUGGCCCAACAGGGCCACUCCCUGGAAAUGUUGUUGCUGCAGCUGGAGGACCUGAGCCAUUGUGAGCCCCUGCAGAUGCUGCAGAAUAUCAAGGACCCGCUGAGCAGGUAUAACAGCUUGAGCGUGCAGUACCCAGAGGUUGUCCCCCCAAUGGUACUCAGGACUGUGUGCAGAGUGCCCGGAGAAAUAGAGGUGCUAAAAGGUUUUCAAGAGGAUGUGGUGCCUGACCCCAACUCAGCGUACCCCUACCUCCUGUUGUAUGAGAGCCGCCAGAGGCGCUACCUCAGUUCCCUGCCUGAAAGCAGCGAGUUUUCCAACAAGGACAGAUUUGUGGCCUACCCUUGUGUUGUGGGCCAGAAGACCUUCUCCUCAGGGAGACACUACUGGGAGGUGGGCAUGAACCUCACCGGGGAUGCACUGUGGGCCCUGGGUGUGUGCAGAGACAACGUGAGCCGGAAAGACAGGGUUCCCAAGUCCCCCGAAAAUGGAUUCUGGGUGGUGCAGCUGUCCAAAGGAAAGAAGUUCUUGUGCACCACAAUGGCCACCCCCACUCCUGUGACACUGACUGAGCCACCCACCCACAUGGGCAUCUUCCUGGACUUCGAGGCUGGAGAGCUCUCCUUCUAUAGCGUGAAUGAUGGGUCCCACCUGCACACCUACUCCCAGGCUGCUUUCCCAGGUCCCCUACAGCCUUUCUUCUGCUUGGGGGCUCCCAAAUCUGGUCAGAUGGUCAUCUCCACAGUGACUGUGUGGGUGAAGGGAUAG